CACCAUACAAUUGAUUCACCUUAGCCAUUUGCUCUUUUUCUCAUGGAUUCACGAUGCAUUACUUCAUCUUCCACUUUUCAUUUAUGUCUCAAAAUCAAGAGAUGUGCAAAACCAAAUCCAUCGUGGGCAAGAAAUCCACUUAAGAACACAACCACCAUCACAACAACUGGCUUUAAAAUGGGCAACCUCAACUGGCAACAGCAAAGGCCAGUGAUUAGAAGAAAGACCCAGAAAUGCUCCACUCAGUUCAGCAAAAACACUACUAGCUUUAGCAAAGUAGCUGAGAAGAAAGAGGGUACUGUUGCUGGUGCAGUUGCUAUUGUCAUUGGCACUAGUAUUGGUACUGGAAUUCUUGCUCUUCCAGCAAAAGCCUUCCCUGCAGGACUUAUUCCAAGUUCUAUAGCAGUGAUAGUUUGCUGGAUUUUCCUCCUUGUUGAAGCAUUUUUGCUAGUUGAAAUUAAUGUGAGUUUGAUGAGAAAGAGAGAAAGAAAAGAAAAAGACAAUGAGUUGGAAGUUAUUUCUAUAAGAACCAUGGCCCAAGAAACACUUGGGGACUUAGGUGGCACAUUAGCUACUAUUGCCUAUGUUUUCUUGGGAUAUAGUUCCAUGGUUGCAUAUAGUUCCAAGUCUGGGGAGAUCCUUUUCCAAUUCAUCAACCUCCCAGCACCAGUUUCUGGCUGUCUUUUCACUUUACUCUUCACAAUGCUUGUCUCAAUUUGGGGAACUCGUGCAACUGAUCAAGUCAACCAAUAUUUAACAGCUUCUAUGAUUGGUUUAUUGUUGGCUAUUGAGGUGUUAGCUGUUGUGUUUGGAGGAUGGUCAGGAGUUGGGGGCAUUAGUGACUGGGAAAAGAUUCCAGCAACAAUUCCUGUGAUUAUUUUUUCCUUGGUGUUUCAUGAUCUCGCACCAUUUCUCUGUGCUUAUUUGGAAGGUGACCUUCGUCGUGUAAAAGUUUCAGUUUUCCUCGGUAGCCUUGUGCCACUGGUGGCAUUGCUUGUCUGGGAUGCAAUUGCACUUGGUCUUGCAGCUGAAGCAGAAAAUGUAGUUGAUCCGGUUGAACUGUUAUAUAGGUUAAAAUGGAGUGGCGUUUCUGUUAUGGUGGGCGCCUUCUCACUUUUAGCAGUAGGUACAUCACUUAUUUGCACCCUCCUAGGCUUCUUAGAGUUCUUCAAGGAGCAACUCAGAAACCAAACCUGGCAUUCCUCUCCAGCAAAAGAGAGAAAUUGGUGGGCCAGGAACAAAAUGAAUGUCACAGCUGUGACAAUGGUAGUUGCUCCUUCUCUCUUUGUCUCAACAAUAUUUCCAGAUGCAUUCUCUGCUGCCACAGAUGUUGCUGGGAGCUAUUGCAUGACAGUGCUCUAUGGAGUUCUCCCACCUGCAAUGGCAUGGGCAAUGCACAAGAGGGAACCUGAACUUUCUGGUCAAAAGAACUUAUUAAAUGCAAAUCCAGCGCUUUUUGUGGCUGAACUAUUUGCAUGUGGCAUUGUAUUGGAGCAAAUUCUGCAAGAUAUAUUAGUACUUCACUCGUAAUAAUAAAUACCUUUCUCUUGUUUAAACAUAAUAAAUAUAAUUUGGAGUCUGGAGGAGAAGGUUUUCCUGAUAAGGCCUGCUUUUGCAAUAGAGUCGUGUGUGUUGAAUUUGAAGGAAAGAAGAUAUGUCAUGGUGCCAAAGGUUGAAUCUGAAGCAUUUUUAAGAAAUAUAGAACU